AUGAAGGCAUCAAUAAAAUUUAGGGAGGAGCGGACGCCACUGCUGCGAGCUAAAAUCCCCGUAAACAUUCUCAAUUACCCCUUUCAAUCGGGUGUUGUCGCCGGAGAAUCCAAAGAAUUCUCGCUAACCCUCAGCACCUAUUUCGAAUCCGGCCCUUCCCUUAAAUUCGCCUACCGCCCAAACGAUUCAGAGACCCCCUUCAGCUUCAUCUUCAAGACCGGAAUCGGCCAUUACGGCUCACCGAUCCGGAGCCCCCUCACCAUGAGCGCCGAGUUCAACGUCAUCGGCUGCGAAAACCCUAGCUUCUUCAUCCGAUUCAAGCCCGAUUUAGGCGAUUUCUCGGUAAAGAAACUCAUCUCCUCCGCCAUCGUCAGAAAAUUGGGGGGAAAGCCGGCACUCGAAGAGGGGAAUAUCGUCAAAAAGUUCGCCGGACUCUUCCCGGCCGUCGAAUCGAGGGCGGGGUGGAUGGUGAACGGAAUAGUCAGAGGCACGGACCUGACCGCCACGACGGCGCUCCCGCUGCGAGAUUGCGCGUUGGUUAAUUUCCGGUGGGGGCUUAGGGUUCCGAAAAGCGGCGCGGCGGCGGGUGAUUACGAGACGGCGGCGGGGCGGCGGCGGCGGCAGACUGAUCGGACGUCGGGUGGUUAUAGGCUGCCGCAGCUGGCGAUGGACAAAAUUGGGAUCGAACACGUGGCGAAAGCGGAUUCGAAGGCGGAGAAAGCGGAUGAGUUCGGCCAGCUGGCAGGGGCGUGUUUGGAGGUGAAGAAACAGCUAGAGGUGAUUCAAGCGGAGAAUGGGUCAUUGAAUAAGGCGUUGACCGAUUUGAGAUCGGAUUUGGCCGCCGGGAAAAUGGAAAUCGAGCCCGAAAACAACCGGAAUUCGAAGAUCUCGGGUGGCGGGGCUGAUGGGAGAGGCGAUAAGAGGUCGCCGGAGGGGAAGGGUUUGGGUGAAGGCAAUGAAGGAUUGAAGGUUGCAUAA